AUGUCUACACAGCUUACUCCGAUUAUGGAAAUCAAUCAGGCAACUCACAACCGGUGGACAGCCCUUGUACAAAUCUUAGAAUGUCAGCACGUUUUGCAAACUAAAAAAGGGUCUUCUUACAAACGACUGAUGUUAACAGAUUCUGAAGGCUUAAAGUUCACAGCAAUUAUUUUCAGUGAGAAUUUAAACUACUAUGCAAGAACAUUCACACAAUACAGGAGGUAUCACAUCUCAAAUGCGUUUCUCAUCCCAUGUGAUCCAAGAUAUGCACUUAGCUUGUAUGGAUUUUCAUGGGUGCUCAAUAAGCGAACGCUUGUACAAGAACAUCCUGAUCGCAAUCCGGUGAAUUUACCUUGUACUUUUGAAUUCACACCAUUUACGAGAAAACUGCCUUUGGUGAUCACUCUGUGGAACCAAUUCGAUGAACAUGAGGGUAAUAUGUUGCAGUCAAUGCAAGGCCCACCCCUUUUGUUCUUUGGACUGAGGCUGAAAGUCACGACUUUUAACUCCAUCUCUUUAACAACGAAGCCAAAUUCAGGUUUGCUCAUCAAUCCACCGGUUAGGGACGACUUGCAAUUACGCACCUCGUACAAUAACAACCGCAAGGAAAUAAAUGACUUGCUAUCAGUCACAAACUACCGAAGAAAUGAUUUCCUUCUACCAUAUCCAGCUGAAACAAACAUAUCUUCUAUUGUUUCUGCAACUUCACAUUUCGACACUAUGAAAACUGCUUGGGUGAAAGGCACCCUGAGUCUUCCUGAACAAGAACGUAACUUAUCAUACACUGCUUGUGCCAAUUGCUUCAAGUCUAUAGAAGCCGACACAACUUGGAUUGUUACCUGUCCUUCUUGUCACAUCGAGUCAGAAAUUCAACAGAUGUCAAGGUUAACUGUUUUGAUUGCCGAUGAAAGUGGAGUGAUGAAAGCAAAUUUACACACACCUGAACUUGAAAAGUUUAUACAUUUCUCUCCAAAAGAUGUGCAAAUCAGUGAAGAAACGAGUCAAAGUCUAUGCAAUUCCAUUGCCACUGCAAUCAAGUCGGUUUAUAUUGUUGCUUUCGUUCGUGCAUACGAAGUGCAUUUUCAAGGAACAACAGACAUCAAAGUGAAUAUUGUUAAAGCUUACAAAGUAAAUGAUCGUGCUGCUGUAUCAAAUGAGUCUGAUAACAUGGUCCAUAGAUCAAACAUCGGUGAAGGCACAUCAACAACCAAGAAUGUGUCUUCUCUUGCAGCCACAGUUCCUUUGCCAUCGGCUGGUGAAAUUGAAAAACCUCUUGAAGUUAAGAAUUCAAAGCAAGUUCCUGUUAUAUACUUGCUUCCAAAGAAUAAGCCAGAACCAAUUCUAAUGACAAAGCAUCUUGUUCCAGAACUUCCAACUUCCAGCUCCUCUCCAAUUGAACAAAAAGUUUCUGAAUCGGGCCCACCUUUAGCACUUCCUAUGAAAGAAGAUGUUCUUCGGGCAAGCAAUCCAAGACCUUCCAAAAAAACAAAGUAA